GACAAUGACGCAGGCGCGUUUCGGAAUUAGCAUACAGGUGGCAAUCUAAUGGGUAACUUGGCAGGAAAACUUUUUGGAUUGCUUCUGUGCUUGCAAUGUUUGACAGAGUUGCAUGGAGUCCUGAUAAGAUUUACGAAUAUGACCUGCGAGAGCAAGGAUCUGAGCAUGGGUACAGUGGAGUACUGCGAAGUUAACACACUGGGCAGGACUAAAAACAGUAUCAGACUGCGCUACACCCUGCUAAAGCCACUCUUUAAAGAUAUAUGGUUCCACUUUCAGCUAAUGACGAAGGGUACGGAAAGUUUAGACGGUGCAUUAAAUUGGCAGCCCUUUCUAUAUGCAAUGGACGUUGAUAUGUGUCGGUUCUGGAAAAACCGCUACAACUACUUGGCCAGGAAGGUGUUUGAGCUUAUAGAAGGUUUCUCGAAUCUGAACCAUAGUUGCCCUUAUUCGAAAGAGAAAUUCAUUGCCAUUGAUGACAUUACCAAUACUCACGUAUCUAGCAAACUGCAUGGUAUGCCAAUGGCUAAGGGCUUCUACUCCUUGUUCACGAAAUGGUCAACAGCAAACGUAACUCGAGUUCAGACCAACUUUUACUUCGAGGUUUUAAGUGUUUAAUAAAACAAACAUUUUGU